ACCGGCUGUUUGACUGAUGGAUUUCAGCUAGUAAUGGAUGCUUACAUCAGCUGGCAGAGGCUUUGACAGAGGGGAUCUGGCUGGUUUUGACACAGAGUCCAGUUGGCAGAUAUGGUGAGGCACAGAGUGAUGGCAGAGUUGCAAGCUUUUCAGCACUCUCUCCAGGGUAACUCCCUGGCAUUGGGCCAAAUAGGGCAGAGCUGUGGGGAAAUUCGGGAGAAUGGGAUUGCCACAGAGGAAAGACAGCACGUUUCCAAUGGCCCAUCAGAUUUUGAGAAAAGCCAGCCAGUGAACAUCCCAGAUGCAGCUAAAAGAAAGAAGAAGAAAAGAACAAGGGCAACAGACAGCUUCACAGGAACUUUUGAUGACCUCUACAAGCUAACAGAUGAGGUGCUUGGUCAGGGAGCCUAUGCUAAAGUUCAAGGAUGCAUAAGCCUGCAGAAUGGACAGGAGUUUGCUGUGAAGAUCAUAGAGAAGAGUGCAGGGCACAGCCGCAGCAGAGUCUUUCGAGAAGUGGAGACACUCUACCAGUGUCAAGGAAACAAGAAUAUUUUGGAAUUGAUCCAGUUCUUUGAAGACAGCUCAUGCUUUUAUUUGGUAUUUGAAAAGCUGCGUGGAGGCUCUAUUCUCACACACAUCCAGAACCGUAAGCACUUUGAUGAGCUGGAGGCCAGUAAGGUGGUCAGGGACAUUGCCCAAGCACUUGACUUCUUACACACUAAAGGCAUUGCCCAUAGGGACCUUAAGCUGGAGAAUAUCCUUUGUGAAUACACUGAUCAGGUGUCGCCAGUAAAGAUCUGUGAUUUUGAUUUGGGAAGUGGAGUGAAGCUCAGUAGUGCCUGCACACCCAUAACAACUCCAGAGCUCACCACACCGUGUGGCUCGGCCGAGUACAUGGCUCCAGAAGUAGUGGAGGUGUUCACUGACGAGGCCUCCUUCUACGACAAGCGCUGUGACCUUUGGAGCCUUGGGGUCAUUCUCUACAUCCUGCUGAGCGGCAGCCCUCCCUUCACAGGCCACUGUGGUACUGACUGUGGCUGGGAUCGGGGAGAAACCUGCAGAACCUGCCAGAGUCACCUGUUUGAGAGCAUCCAGCAGGGCAAGUAUGAGUUUCCAGACAAGGACUGGGCUCACAUCACAGCGGGGGCCAAGGAUCUCAUAUCUAAGCUAUUGGUUCGGGACGCCACCCUGCGUCUCAGUGCUGCUCAGGUCCUCAAGCACCCUUGGGUGCAGGGGAACGCUCCAGAGAGAGGUCUUCCAACUCCUCAUGUUCUACAGAGGAACAGCAGCACCAAAGACCUGACCCAGUUUGCUGCAGAAGCCAUUGCCUUUAACCGGCAGCUGUCCCAGCAUGACGAGCAGCAGGAGGACGUCGGAGUUAUGGUCUGCUCCAUGAGGCUUUCUCCUCCUUCCAACUCCAGGCUGGCUCGUAGACGGGCGCAGUCCAACGCCCUGCGCACCAGGGAUUUCGCACCCACUUCGGAUGACCUUGCAGCCUGAAGGACCAGUACAAGCCGUCAUGUUCCCUGACUGAUUUUAGUCCCUGCCUGCUCCUUGUGUGUGUGUGUGUGUGUGUGUGUGUGUGUGUGUGUGUGUGUGUGUGUGUGUGUGUGUGUGUGUGUGUGUGUGUGUGUGUGUGUGUGUGUGUGUGUGUGCGUUUUGUUUCCACAGGGAGCCUUGUAGGAUGAGCCACACAUCAUCAGAAGUGACUGACUGUUGGUGUUAAAGCUCUUUCCCAUGGCCAGUAAUCUUAUCACUCAGACAGAGCUUGAGCACCAAGGGGACAGUUAAUCCUCGGCUACCGCCUCCUAACUGAAAACAAAGUUGAAACUUCAGAGUUUUGUCCAGGAGCCGUUUUAAGCUGCCUGAGUUUUAAACAAGGACUUUUUCAUUUGAGAAUAGCUUUGGGUUUUAGAAAUUCACAUGUAGUCUUCACAGAUUUAUUUAUGAGCAGUAGAAACUUCUCUUAAUGCCAGCAAUUUGUAUUACAAUAUCCAUUCAGUACAUAUCAUGAUCAACACAGCAUUACGUAGGUUCAGCUCAGUUAUUCAGCUGUUGCUGUCCUAAUGCAAUAUUAUAUAAUUUUAAUAGAUUUUAUUUUUCUUGUUGUCCAACUGUGAAGUAGUUAAUAUUUUAUUUAAAUUCUACUUGUGGAUUCUUAGUCACUGGAGGAAAUGCUGAUCUCUCUUUUUAUUUUUUUAAGCAUGUAUGUGUAAGUGAUUUGAUGUGUGUGGCUGUAUGUGGUUUAGAUGAUAAUGGAUUACACUUAGAGGAGACUAAGGCUUUUUCCUCCAUUUUACUUGCAUAUUUAAGUAAUUGUUGUCUAGUGUGGAUAUGCAUUGAAGUUAGAAGUUAGAGACGACCCUUUGAUCAAAUUAUUUUCUAUUUCUGGUCCAUUUCUAGCAUUUGCAUCAACACAAGCUACCUGUAGCACUGAUGUACUUUAAAAUCAGUCACUUAGUUUAAAGGGAAAUUGAUGAAUAUCAUCAGUUUGGUCCAACAAUGUGAAUUUGACACCUAUAGUAAAUAUUCACCUUUAAAGUAGUUUUAACAACUCUAUCCUCAUUAGAGUCCAACAUUACCUCAGGCUUUUUUUUUUUUUUUUUGCUCUACAUUUUUGCACGUUUUGUACUGUAAAAAAAUGCAACACCAUCCCAAAAAGACAGUUUCUUAUUAGGUGUCUUAUUAAUUUGAUAUCUGAUAUCUGUUUUCCAUCAGAAUGACUUGAAAUGUGAGAAUUUACUUUGUUUUAGGUGGCUAUGUACGGUAGCUGAUGAGAUGUAGAGGAGUUCUGUGAGUAGUUGAUGUUACACUUGAUAGUGAGAUAAAGGAUUCCAUAUAGAGGUUGAAGGGAUUUAUUUUUAUACAAAAAUGUUUGUAUGUUGUUCAGUUUUGUAUUUUGAGUUUUCGGGUUCUGUGAACGUGCCUAUUGAAAGAAUGAUGGACUAACCAAACGAAGGUUUCCCCUUUAAUUUUAUUUUUGAAGUCCAUCAAUUUGAUGUUUACUUUUUGAUUUUUAUUCCUGAUAUAUCACACACACACACAUAUAUAUACAUACAUACAUACAUACACAUGCAGUACUGUGUAAAAGUUUUAGGCAGGUGUGAAAAAAAUGCUGUAAACUAAGAAUGGUUUCAAAAAUUGAAGUGUUAAUUUAUUUACAUCAGUUAACAAAAUACAGUGAAUGAACAGAAGAGAAAUCUAAAAUCAAAUCAGCAUUUGGUGUGCCCACCCUUUGCCUUCAAAACAGCAUCAGUUCUUCUAGGUACACUUGCACACCGUUUUUGAAGGAACUUGGCUGGUAGGUUGUUCCAAACAUCUUGGAGAACUGACCACAGAUGUUCUGUGGAUGUAGGCUUCCUCAAAUCCUUCUGUCUCUUCAUUUCUUCAUCUCUCAGCAUUUUUUCACACCUGCCAAAACUUUUGCACAGUACUGUGUAUACAUACACAUACACACAUAUAUAUACACAUAUAGUUAUAGUUAUAGCUAUAGCUAUAGUUAUCGUUUUUUUUUAGAUCCCAGUCUGUUUGAAUGGGGUCACAAUGGCAAUCUAUCACUUCUAUCUCCCCUAACCCUGUUAAUUUUAUGUGUUGUCCGCUAAUCAACAUGUCCCCUGAUUUCACACUGUUGCCAUGGACACCCCAUCCCUAUAGCAACUAAGGGCCUUCAGGAGUUGACAGAGGUUUGCUCAGAGCGAAUACACACAUUAGGAAUCAACCAGCUUGCUAUGUUAAAACCCUCUCACUCCCAUUAUGAAUCAUAAAAGGACCUUUGUUUGUUUCCCCACAUGGACUCGUAAUAGCAUCAGAUGAUAUACAGUAAUUGGCAUGCAAUUGUGUAGUCCCACUGAAAUUUGUCAAAGCUCUUAUGGGGUCCUAUUCAUUAUGCUCUCAGAGUAUAUUUCCACUGAUAUGCUGUGUUCUCAAUAAAAAAAGGUC